ACAAAAUAGACGGACUGGCCUCGGCAGUUGUAAACUAAACACUCUAGGGACCGGUUGUGCAACGUGAUAUCACUUUACUUAGAAAUAGUAUAAGGUUGUGAUAAAUGAAAAUGAAAGUGUUCAUUUGUUGCUUGUUCGUGAUUGCAAAUAUAAGUAAUAAUGGGAAGGCAUCGGUAGACAGUCCUGUGUCAUAUACUGCAAAUGUACUUGAGGAUACCUUAAAGAAUUCAGAGAAAUGUUAUCGGCCGUGCAAAUUUAACGUGAAACCGAAAAGAUGUCAUUACAAAUUCAACAUUGAGCCUUCUAUUGGAGAUAAUAAGUUCCCGAUUUCUAUAAACGGGAUAGCGCCAGGACCACCAAUAUAUGCUUGCGUCAAUGACGUCAUUGUGGUGGAAGUGACGAACAGAAUCCCUGGUCAAAGUAUCGCUGUGCAUUGGCAUGGGGUGGAGCAAAGAGGAACGCCUUUCAUGGACGGAGUUCCUAUGGUGACGCAGUGUCCUGUAGAGUAUGGGACGACAUAUAAGUAUUUAUUUGUGGCAUCAUCUCCCGGGACGUUCUUCUAUCAUGCUGAUUCUGUUGCCCAUCAAAGCGACGGUGUAUACGGACUGCUCGUUGUAAACCAGCCACAGCCUCUGGAGCCACAUGCUUCUAUAUAUGACUUUGAUAGGGGCAACGAGAAUUCGCUACUUAUAGGUGCCAAGUUUCCAGUGCCACUUACAGGCAGUCUUGAAGAUACAAGCCAGAUUCAGCCAAAUGCUCUUGUUAUUAACAGCGAUGAAGAGACUACGAAGUUAUUCGUUCUGCCUGGAUACGCGUACAGAUUACGGCUCAUUAAUGCUGUAGCAAUAGAAUGUCCUGUUACUAUAAACAUAGAUAGUCAUGACUUGAUGAUCAUUGCAACCGAUGGGAAACCUGUCAAACCAGUGAUGACGCACAAUGUGCAACUAUAUCCAGGUGAACGUAUGGACGUAGUAGUGCGAAUGUCGCAGAGUAGUGGCGGAUAUUGGGUGAGAGCGCGUGGUGCCGACUCCUGCGCAGGUUUAACUGCAACUGCUAUGCUCUUGUACUCCGGUUUUAACUACACAUCCAUGCUGUUAGAUAAACAGAAUGAUCCAAGACAACAUCAAGAUACUGACAUAGAUUUAACAAUAAACGGACAAAUGUUGGAAUCCUCGAAAAAUACAAAGGAUGCAUCACACAGUCCUGAAGUAAAGUCUGUGUAUUUGUCCAUUGAUAAAAACGUUGUCAAUGUAAAAGAUAAUGAUUUUCGAUACAUCAGCGAUGCUAUACCAAAGAAACCUUACUAUCCUGCACCAAUGUUUUUGAAAGAUAAUGGCGUCGUUCAAAUCAAUGGAAAGAGCUUCUUGUAUCCGAAUGCGCCAAUUUUGUUGCAACCGAAGGAUGUUCGGGAGGAUUUGAUAUGCAACGUCGGUGAAGAAGGAAGUCAGUUAGAGGCUCAAUGCAUACAAAUAUUAAACGCUGUCCAAGGAGAAACAAUGGAACUGGUGUUGGUUAAUGAAGGUUUUGGUGGUAACGACUCGUAUACCUUCCAUAUGCAUGGAUUCAGUAUGCAAGUAGUUUCUACGUGGCGACAUCCUCACCACCAUCCCUUAACGAGAGAAGAAGUUAUGCGAAUGGACGAAGAAGGUAGAAUUGUCAGAAAUCUAAAAAAUCCUGUCAACAAGGAUACAAUAACGAUACCUAACAAAGGAUUCAUGAUAGUCAGAAUAGCACUCGACCGUGGAGGAAGUUGGUUACUGGAAUGCAGGUCUUGUGGACUAUCGUUACCUGCUGCCGUCAUAAUACAAGUACCACUGACGAUACCCAAGGAUGUCUCAGAAUCAUUACACAAAUGUGGCAGUUACCGCCCGCCGGACGUGUUACUUAAUUAAAGACUGAAAAGUGUUCUUAUGUAGUUGUAAAUAGAAUUGUAAUUUAUAAAUACCGCUACUGACUAUAGGCAUUGUAAUCGCAUGCACGAUUUAUGAAGCAUAUUCUGUUGUCUUUGGUAUUUAUAAAAUGUUAACAGGAUUUUUCUUAAAUUCUGCUCUGCUCGGCAUAAUGAUAAAGAUAUUAAAUCAAAUCAUUUGUUAAAUA